UACGUUUUGGGGUGCAUGACAAGAGGGGGUGUCGACAUUUUAACUGGUGCCGUUACGCCUCUGUUUUCUCUCGAGCAAUCACGGCAGAUCUGCUUGCUGCGGCUGGUGGUCGCGUUCCGACCAUUCCCCAUGUCCAUGGCGGCUCGUGCUGCGUCCUCGCUUCUGCUACUGCUUCUCCUGCUGCCGUGUCUCCUCCAGCUCGCCUCGAUCUCGUGCCUCGCUUCCCCCACCGGUGGCCGCCGGGGACUCCUCGCGUACGUGCCCGCCAGGAAACGGGCGGGCAUCGGCGGCGGGAGGGGCGCCGACUGCCUUGCGAUGACGUCGAGGAAGGCGUGCCUCGGCCGGUCCGAGUGGUGCCGGUGGUGCCGAAGCGACGCCCUCGACGACAUGUGCUUCGGAUCCGCGGAGGCGUGGCGGCUCCCUCGCCAGAUCUUCUCUUGCGAGGCGCCCGAUGCGUGAACUCCCCCCACCGUUUUCCUUUUAGUUUUCCGUGCCCUCCUCACUUGAAUCAUUUCUGCUAUGUGCUUGUCGGAUUGCAGACUCUUACAGUUUCUGCGAGCAGUAUUCUCCUCUUAAUCCUAUGAUCGUUCUGCUACUCUAUUUGUCCUCGAUGAUUUUGGCUUGAUCCAUUGGACAUAGAAUUAUGCUCUCUCUCU